AUGUCUUUAUCAUAUAGCAAAAAAGAAUCGUUUAAAAUUGCCUUAAAAGGUGGAUUUAUUAAAGAAUUUGGUUAUAACACAUUUGAAAACAUCACAACAAUCGGAAGAGGGGGAUAUGGUAUAGUUUAUCGUGCUGAUUCAACAACUUUAGGAAAACAUGUUGCAUUAAAAAAAUUGCAUGAAAAUGGCGAAUUAUUUUAUGAAAAUUUUGUGAGAGAG